AUGGACAGCGAGAAACACUUCGAAUAUUUUCGAAUGGACUCGAGCAAGUUCGAUGAACUGGUUGGGCGCUUAGCCCCGUUUCUUCAGCACCAGGGCAGCCACCGCUCACCUGUCAGUGCUGCACAGAGAGUGGCUGUCACGCUGCGCAUCCUGGCCACUGGUUGCUCGGAACAGAGCGUCGCUGCCAGCUAUCGCCUGGGCACAUCAACUGUGUCAGGAAUAAUGGCGGAGUGCUUCUUGUGCAAGUUGCACACUCAUCAGUGGUGCUUCCUCCUCUUCAAUGUGCUACUCUACCAUGCCUUGCUGUUUGGGGCAGAUUUUGUUGAGGAGUACCUCCUGCAGCUCACACUUGUGGUUUACACUGAUGGCACAGUCAUCAGGGUAAGAGAAAAAGCAAGGAAACUAGACCUGAGUGCCUCAAAGGAGAACCUGUCCAAGUCCUACACUAUUUCCAACCCUGAAGCCUGCAGAAACUCUGACAUCUUCUUCCUUACUCUGGUCUUCAGCUCUUCAGCUAAUCUCACCCAAAGAAAUGCUAUCAGAAAGACAUGGGCAAACCAAACACUAAUCCAAGGCUUUUCAGUAAAGAUGCUGUUCUUUUUGGGAUUGAUUCAGACCUCUGAAUAACAAGAAGACAUCGUGGGGGAGUUUGAAUGUUAUGGAGACAUAACCCUGGCAGAUGAAGCAACUCUCCAUGGUCUAAAAGAGAGGACAUUCUUGGCUCUUCUCUGGGUUAUUGCUUUUUGUCCUCUUUCACGCUUUGUUCUGCUGACUAAAGAGUCUGUGUUUGUCAACCUACCUGCAAUUGGGAGUUACCUGCUGGGGCUUCACAGGUAUCCUGAAGAUCUGUAUCUGGGUAAAGUGAUCCAGAAGGACUCUCCUGACAGGAAUCCCAACAGCCCCAGCUUCCUGCCACUCACUCUCUAUCCAAACAAGUUCCUUCCUGAAUAUUGUGAAUGAACUGCCUACGUUCUGUCGCAGGAUGUUGUCCGAAAAGUGUAUGUGGCGUCUGCAGCAGACCUGGCACCUGUGCCCAUCGAUGUUUUGGUUGGCCUCUGCGCUCAGAAAGCAGGUGUUGCACCGAUCCACAGUGCCAGGUUCUCAGGCGAGAGACACAUCCACUACGUUUGCUGCUACCAGCAUCUGUUCAGCUCAGCAGGAAUGGAGAGCCAUGAGUAAGAAAGAGUGUGGAAAGAUCUGAAACAGAAAGGUGGACAAUGCUCUCUGCAGAAGACAUAUUAUGGUCUGGUGAAAUGCAAAAUUCACAUAUAUUUGGACAAACUGGCUCUGUUCAAUUAA